AUGGCGCUGUGGCGGGCAGCCGCGCGCGGACCGCGCCGCGGCGCUGGGGGCGUCCCUGCUGCUGGAGUUCCUGAUUUUCUUCCUAGUGCUGGGCGCUGGGAAGCACUGCGUGAUGAUCGCCUUCCGGUACCGGUGGCGCAGGCGAGGCAUAGCGGCCCCCACUGCGUCGAGGAUGUUCGAGGCGGCGGCAGGGCUGACGGCGCUUCGCCUUCGCACACGCCUCAGGCGCGCGGCGGGACCGCUGCUUUCGCCAGAUGCGCGUUCGUGGGCGAUGACGACAGCGCCUCCUCCGACCAGGGCCUUACCGAGGAGGAGGAGCUGGCUUCCGUCGACGCUUCGGAGCGUGGCUCUUCUCAUGCAGGCUGCGCUCUGGGCGGCUCCGCGUCCGCCGCCGCGCCUUCGGCGCUUCGGGCCGACGCUCCAGAGUUUUCGCCCGUCUUUCAGGAGCUGUUUCCGUGUUUCGAGGAGGCCAACUACACGCUGGCAGAGUGCUCGGCGACUCCCGAGGUGGACUCCCUUCCCGAGGCGCACCUGCGGCGCCACGGCGUUCUCGGGCAUCCCUGCUGCUGCGCUGCCGCCGUUCGUCAGUCGCUGUGUGGAGGGGUGGCCGCGCCAUGGUCGCUACGGGAACGCUGGCGGCCCAGGCUCACCAGGUGUAGGCGCCACUGA